AUCAGUCGACUCAUAACCUAGUAGAACUUGAACAGCAGUGAUUAAUUUUCAAGGGAUAUUAGGAAUAAAUUUGAUAUAAAAAUGCGUGUGUACAAAGCAGCUGGUUAUAUCAUUAUAAUUUCUUGUAUUUUCGUAGCGUUUAUUGCUGGAAUUACGGACAGAUUUGUGUUUAAAGUAAAUUCCGACAUUCGUGAAAUGGAGGACACUCUCCGUGUUUUUAAUUUUAUAGAUAUAUUAGAGAUAACACCGAAUGUGUACAGUUUUAAGUAUGCGGGAUCAUUCAGUACAUCAAAAAUAAAACACGUUUUGUCAGCAGUAAAACGGGUUUAUGGUGAUAAGAUAGUCGAAAUCGAACAGGUCAAAGAAUAUAUCAAGUGGAUUCCAAUGGAUAGUCCAGAUGUAAUGCCAGUUGCUGCAGGACAUGAAAUCGGCCUCAAUGCACCGCUUCGGACCCAGGAAAGUGAGAGCUAUUUCGGAAUGAACGUUGAAGCUGCUUGGUUGCAUGGAUACAAUGGCACGGGUAUAAAUGUCGCUGUAACUGAUGUUGGUAUAAAUGCGGACAUCACAGACCUGAGAAAAACCCUGGAUAUGAAUUUAGCAUUUAACUUCAUCAACAAAACAACUAAUGUGACCCCUGAACGCUUCCCUAACUAUGAGGGGGAUUCCUUGCGUUAUGUCGAUCAUGGAAAUAGGGUAACAAGUAUAAUUGGAGCUGAGAAAGGAAAUGAUUUGUGUAGUGCAGGUAUUGCUUAUGGGGCAAAAGUUGUUCCUUUGAGGGUAUUUUCGGUCACGCACGAGUAUUAUAUAUUCAAGUUAAAUACUACCUCCGAUGUCAUGGCCGCUGGCCUAGCGUAUCGUCAACAGGACAUUCAUAUCUACUCAAACAGUUGGUCGCCAUCUAAAUCAUUAGAACCUCUAGAUAUGGCUACAAGAGAAGCUAUUCAACAAGGGGCGACAAAAGGCCGAAACAAUCUUGGAGCAAUUUAUGUUGUGCCGGAUGGGUCGGAUGGUGUAUCUGGCAGUGGUCUUGCAAACAGUUUAUAUACUAUUGCUGUUAACAGUGUUGGUGUAAACGGUACCCUGCCGACGAAGCCACAAGUGAGCGCAUGCGUUUUAACUUCUGGCCUUGGAGAAGGAAGCAAAUUCCACACAAAUUACAUGCUGACAUCAUCAUACAAUAACACAUGCAGCAGAUCAUUUAAAGGAGUUUCAGCAGCGGUUGCUGAAGUAUCUGCUAUAAUUGCUCUUGUUUUACAAGCAAGGUCAGAUCUAACAGUACGAGAUAUUCAACAUUUACUUGUGGAGUCAUCGGACCAUAAACGACUAGCAGUAGCACAGUCAUUUCAAAGAAACUUCGCUGGAAAGUUUUUUAAUCAUUUUCUGGGUUUCGGGUUAAUUAAUGCAGAGAAGAUGGUGAAACUUUCAAAAACAUGGCAUCUCGUGGAAAACGUCUACAAGAACACGCUACGCUAUGAAGGCAAAUUUUCUUUCCGUUUGAGGAAGCCCACAUUUCCGCACACUUUCAAAAUGAUGUCCAUACUAGAAUUGAAGAUAGAAGAGGAUGGAUGCAAUCCGCAUGUUAAUACGAUAGAACAUGUGGUUUUGUGUAUUAGACAUGAUGUUAUCAAUCAAGCAGAUACGCGCCUGGAAAUAGUAUCCCCAAGUAAUACAACUUCUAUCGUGAUAGAUAAUACAGUAAUAACUAAUUUGAAUGAGGAUACUUCAAUGAGAGAGCUGGCUUCUGUACACUUUUGGGGUGAAUCACCUUUUGGACAUUGGAAGGUUAGAAUACAAUUAGGACACGAAAUAGCUGCAGAUCGUUUGGCAUCGACGUCUUUAACCGUGUAUGGAACAUUUAACGAAACGAAACGAAAACAAAAAUGUACACGGUCAUCAGAUGAACCAGACUGGAAUAUUAAUACAAAGGAACCCAAGACCAUCCAAACGAAUAGACACAUUUUAAAGUCAACCGAAUCAUCCGGAAAUAAAUACAAGACAAAAUCAACAAAGAAUGGUGCAACUCGAAACAUAUCACACGAUACAUGCAUUCAUCUUGUUAUGAGUGUAGUAUUAUUAUAUUUUUUCAGAUUUACAUAGAUCUAUUUACAUAAUAAUUGCGUUCAAAUGUGCUUUAUAUACGGAGGCAGUACUCAAGGCGCCAAAAUUAUCUUUUUACUGUACAGACACAGAGAGAUUUGACAAGAAGGACAGGGCGAGGGAAUGCCCUCGGAAAGUGAGAAAGAAGUUUAAUUCUAGACACAUACAUCUAAUGUUAACUAAACAAAGCUCUUUGUGAGUAGAAAGCCUUGCCAGGUUUAUAACAAUGAUACACACAAAACCCUAUUUUCUAGGAAGAACCAGUACUGACCUCUUAAUUGGAUGGUAAACACGCAAGAAAAUCUUAAAUUCCUUGUGCCUAAAUCUGAGUUUCAGCUCAAGACGUAAGGAUUGAUAGUCAAACGUGUUACUGUUAAAUCACCAGGUUGACGCAAUAAGGAUUGGCACGUUUCCGCCCUACAGCUUUUCUUAUGGCGCUUUUAUUACAUUUUGCCAGGAAAAGGUCAUUUUGAGCUAUAUUAAACAUAUAUGUAAGUUUGAAUGUCAGUCAUUAGUAAAUGAAGUACAAUCGUCGGUUUGGUAAUGACCAGGAGGAUGGGAAUGAAAUAUAAAGAUCGGACUCCUAUAAAUAAUUCUAGAUAAGGCAGACAUUGAAACUGGCAUAAUGUUUUCCCUGGUCUGCAAAAUGCUGAAGGAUUUGACAUAGACCCAUCGCAAAAUUUAUGCAGACUAAAUAAACAAGAUAUGUAGUUAUAGUUCUUAUUUAGUAUGUAGUCGUAAUUAUUUGAGAACUUUUAAAACAAUGAUUUCAAUGAUUUUAGAUCGCAACGAUUUUAGAAUACUUUAUGAUAAUGAUACUGAGCCUCACGAGUGUUUAUCCAUAGCCAAUAAAUGCAUAUUCACGGUGGCGAUACCUUGGGUAUGCAGGGGUGCAAAAUUUAACCUUUUUUCAUGGUAACUUUAUUAACACUUAACCAGUUUAAAUGAAAUAAAGACAAGUGCCCGCCAGUACGAAAACGACAGCCUCGGUUGUAGGACUUGGUCAUCUGGGUUUCAUAUUUUGUGUGAAAAGUGCAACGGCGCAUUCUGAUGAAACAAAUCCAACUGUUUGCACUUUUCAAAAAAAAAAAAAAAAAAAAAAAUACGAAACUCGUGUGCCCAAGCCUAAUCAUCGAGUCUGUAGUUUUCUUUUGAGCGGGACUCGUCCUUAUUUCGUUUAAAUUGGUUAAGUAUUAACAAAUUUAUCAUGAAAAAAAUAUAAAUUUUGCAGCCCUGCAUACCCAAGGUAUCGCCACCGUGAUAUUCGUGAAUUGUACAGCCGAUACUUCUGUUCGAAACUCCUAUGCAAACUGAAUGUGAGAGAUUUUUAUCACAUAAGUCAUGUUUAGGCGUUAGGAGUCCAAUCCUACGGAUUUGAUGCUCAUUUAAUCAAAUGAUAAGAUGAUACAAAUACGUUUUGACACAAUUGAAUUGUGUUUUAAAUCGCAAUCAAUUCAAAGAAGAUCUUGUUCUAUUAUACUUAGUAAUUUCAAAGUCGUAUAUUACAAUUGGUACACUGCGUAUCUCACAGUAUGUUAUUUUUACCACAUUUUGUUAAGAAAACGAGUCGUUCGGUAGAUCAAAUGACUUAAGAUUGAAAUCAGACGUUUUUUUUUGGAGGAGCUAGAAUGCUCAUCAUUUUCAGUUUAAAUACCAGUUAAAAGGAACUUCAAAGGAACUGAAUUGGUGGUUAAGUAUAUGGCCGUUAUGGGUUGUAGGAUCCAAAGUGCUACUGAACCCAGUGUGUUCUUACUUAAAUACCUUUUAAGUAGCCAUUAUUUUAAACCCUGUUUCAGAAAUGUUAUAUAUAUUUAAAAACUGCUUUUGUUUUGACUUUAAAUAGUUGAGUUUUAAUAUAGUUUAAUGUUCUUAAAUGUGUGUUAAUGUAUGCAUUUAAUUCCUUCAUUAGCUGCUUGUUGUUGUCUAAAGGUCAGUUUGAAAAUAUGUUAUAUAUAUUUAUCUUUAUUUACGUAUUAUUAUUGCAUACAUGUACCUCAUACAAUUACUAUGUAAUAAAACAUAAAAUCAUAUGCAAGACCAUUCUAUUAAAGAAUUAUAGGGGACUAAAUUGAUUACUAAACAUAUCACAUAAUUCUAUCACAUUAAUUAUUAUAUUAAGAUAGAUUAAAAAACAAUAUGAUGUGUAAAACCAAGAAGCUGCAUUAUUCUGAGCUUUUUAAUGGCCUAACUCGGCCAUAAAACUAGACAAUUACCUUAAAAAACUGAAAAGCUAAAACACCACUAACGUGUAUAUAAUAAGAAAUUAUUUUAGAAAAACAAAUAUUAUAACAGAUCAGAGCUGUUAUAAACUGAUUAAUACCAACCCCUCGUUAAAACAUACUUGUCUACUACAGUCUUUUCCAUAUUUUACAUAUAGUACCAUGCUGAGAUACAACAGUUCUUAACAUAAUAAUAAUAUUAAUAUUACAUACCCAAUAAAUUUUGGGUAACAAUGAUAAUUCCAGUUAUUCUUCAUAUCAAAACCGAUUUUUGUUUGUUGUACCCUUGUAAACUUUAAGAGUAUGUUUGUGCAAUGUUAUUGAGUCAAGAGCAGACUCAAUCAAACCGAGCUAUUAUUCUUCUUGGUUGCAUUCUUUGCAUCCAAAGGGUCGUUUGAUCUGUGCAAUUCGGAUUUACAGUUAUUGUUAUUGCUUUACAAAAUAGAAAAUUUAGAAACAACUUCAUAUGUAUUUAUUCAAUCCAAACAUGACAGGACUUUUGUAUGAUACGAAUAUGCAAUUUCCAGUCUUCCUUGUGUAUGUAAUGUAAUAGUUAUUACGUUCGUAUUUCAGAACAAGUUUUGCACUCUUUUUAUUUGUUUUUUCGUUCAGUUUAGAAAAUUUACAUUUUGUCAGCACAAAUGUAAGCCAAUGAGAAGCAUUUAUACUAAAGUGAAGAUUUUGGCAUAUAUAUUGUUACAUAUAAUACUAUGUAAAGGUAUGUUUAUAGAGUAAAUGGAAAAUAAAUGCUUGUCGGGUACUAUGUUAAUACUUUCACAUGCAUCGGGCAUUUUUAGGUGUUUGCAGGUCUUGUCCUCUGUCUGUAAAACGGGUCCAUAUUCUUGCCAUGUUUAGUUACGUAAAUGUAUCAUUAUCUGCAAUGUUUGUAAGUAAGACAAUAUUCAUUCAUUUGACCGUUACUUGUAUUUAGCACAUUUCUGUUCCCGAUUAUUGCUUUUUCUAGUCAGAAUUUUUGACAUUGUAUUUUUCUUUCAGUAUAAACGUUUUGUUACUCAAAUGAUUAACUUUUUACUUUUAUAUAAAAUCUACAUGUUUUAGGUAGGUUGUUCCUACAAAAGUAAUAAAUAUUUCAGAUUUA